AUUGGGAGUGGGACUGUGGACCGGAGUGAUGCUCUUGCCCAUCAUGAGGAGCAGCUUGGGCCUCACCACCUGUAGCAUUCAACAUACAAUGGCAAGACAAACUCAUCAUAAACAUGAACCUGAUUUUCAUGACAAAUACGGCAACAUCAUUCUGUUUGGUGGCACUGUGUCUUGUGCCUCUUUUUGGAUAUAUGCUAUGACACAAAUUGGGAUUGUGUGGAAUUUGUCUCCUGUUGGCUGAGUGACCCCAAAAGAAUGGAGAGAAAAAUAGAAGUGGCUUCAUAUAUCUGUCUUUGAAAUA